AGCAUUUUGACCUUAAAGAACGUCCUGUCAUUUUAUGUGAGAAGAGAUCUGUGUCACUUUUUCCACAAGCCUUGCUUGCAGUGCGUCAACACGGCAGGUGAAGCGUUAAAUCUCUGCCAUAAUUUUGACCUUGGAGACGAACAGGGGAGGAUACUGAAAUGGGUGGCAAAGUACUUCACCAAAAUCUGGCCGACUAAAACCUUUGCGUCUUUGCCGGAUGGUGUCCAUCACAUGAGUGUGGAAGGCAUCAAGUCACAGAUGACAGCCAAAAACGUCCUAGACAUUAUCAUGGAAUGUAACAAACUGACCACGAGCCUCCCUCGGAUUAAGUGGACAGAGAGUAUCCUCGGCCUGCUCACACAACUCAUGGAUAUGUGCAUUGAGUUCACGUCUGUUAACUUCACCAAAGUCAUCUCAACCCAGGAGUUCCACCAGUGGGCCAAAGUGGCUUCAUGGAAGGCAGGGGCAUUGGAGGAAAUUUUCAAUUCUGUCAUUGAUUCCUUGCCCAUAGAGACAGCAUGCCGCGUGUUCCAUACCCUCAUCCAUCUGGAGGCCUUUCUGUCCAACCUUGAUAGCUCAGACCUUGAUGUGGUUGGUCUCCUUCAAGCAAUGAUCAAGCGCUGUGAGAAAUUCUUCAAAGCUCACAUUCACCAGGUCAUGAGGUCCAAAGAAUGGUUCCUUCUGCCAAAGUCGAUCCAGUCCAGAAUCAUGGAGAACUCAGCCUAUUUAUAUCUUGGAGACUUUGCCGGGCCUCAAAUUAAACCCCCUGCCAAAGUCUCCCUAAGGCUGAAACAGACAACAUCCUUAGACAAACCUAUGAAAUCAGGAAUGCCCCAGUUAACUGGUAAUUUAAGAAAAGGGAAUCAACCGAUUAAACAACUUAGUCUGGCAAGAAGUAAUUCCACUAAAAAUCUUCCAACCAAAGAAGGUGGUGUCACUAAGCCAAGAAGCAAGGAAAGACCAAAAAGUUUCAUCCAUGUUAAUGGAUCAGAUCAAACUGCAGCAGGCUGUUCAAAAGCAACAGCAUCAUCAUCAUGCAUGCUUUCCCAUCAACCACCUAAACAACGAAAAACAAGCUUCACGUCCAAAUUAUCAGAACAAGUUAGGACGAGCUUCAGUCAAUCAAGGUCAGAGUCCCUGCCAAAAGACUCGCUGGAAAAAUUGAAAACCAAUGAAAAAUCGUCAGGGUCAAGUGCUGCUCCAGAAAAGAAUGAAUUGAAGAACACCGUGCAACCAGACCACCAAAAAAACUCUCGAAUCCGGGUCAGUUAUCAAAAGUCAUUGUCCGUGCCAUCAUCAAAGUCUGAGUCACUUCCAAGCCAAAUAGAAAGUAAUUUGGCUUGUAGCCAAAGUCAGAAAUCUGAACUUGGUACAAACAGCAGGAUGAGUUUGUCUUCAUCUCCCAGAUCUCCCAGGCAGUCAAUGUCUAAGAUACCAAUGUCUGUACGGUCUCCAAAGCUUGGUAACAGGUCCAGACCUGGGUCACAAAUUGUGGAUAGUGAAGAAGCACAUGAAAGCAGUUCAAGGAUUGGUCUAUCUCUUGAAGGUGCUGGGAGGGUAAAUCUUGAAGCUGAAAGACACCCAAGUUUAAACUGUUCUGUUACCAUUAAGACUACAGUGGACCUUGAAGCUGAAAAUUUGGGCAAGUCUGCUGACAGUAAACCUGUAUUUGACAGUUCUGUGGACAAUAAGUUUGUAGUGGACCAUGAUAAUUUGGGAAAAACUUUUGACAGUGAUCCAUUAAUUUACAGUUCUGUUCAAGGCAAGUCAUUGGAUCUUGGUGGUGAAGUGGAUUCGAGAUCUGAUAGCACCGGUGACAUUAACGGGUCCAUCUCAACUCGGCCAUUUGAGAUCUUCAUGUCUCCAUUGUCUUAUCAUGGUAGCAGCCACACCUCGGAAAUUGGUUUUUCAGACACAGGGCCGACAGACAGCAUGUCUCAGAUGAGUUCUCUGCUGGACAUUGGCGAUGAUAUGUCUGCCUCCUGGGGUGGAGACCACCCCGCACAAUCUGACCAUUUCCCAGAGUCAAACAAUACUGCUGAGCAUUCUAUAAAAAGCAAUUUCACAGAGUCAUCUCAAAGUAUGGAAGGGUGUCAUGCCUCGGGCGAGCUGGAUCACGGCAGGAGCCCUCUUGGUGAAGUUGAGAUUGCUUCUGCUGCCGGCGUGGUUUGUGAUGUUAAAAUUAUCAGGAUGAGCAAACCCUUAAUUGUUGGUUUCUUUGUUCCACCAGAGUAGUCAGUAUAGUUUUCCUUGGAAGGUGUAGCAUUUUAAGCUUGCAAUGGCCAUUAAUGUUGGCUUUUUAAAAAAAACAAUUUUGAAGACAUAUCAUUUUUGUAAAGAUGCAAUGCGGCAGGUUGAGGUGCUUCCAAUGUUAUGUGUUUCUGGGUGGGCCAACGCCCUUCCCUGGAUGACAAGGCCGAUAGUUUAUGAUUUUAAAAAGUGCAAUUUUACGUUCGGGUGACACCUUCGGUUUUUCAAGAUUUAAUAUGCAACCAGUGAGCAGAAUUUUUCUUCAGUAAAAAUGUUGAAUUUCUUUUAAAGGGAACAAAAAUCUCACUAGUGUUUCACCUUUAUUUUUAAACAAAUGUUUAUUAUUAGUUUUAGAAAUCAGAAAGAGAGAACUGAGAAAUAUUUGCCAUUUGUUUCAAAAAGCUUUUUGUCAUUUCAGUGUAACUGGUGCUCUCUAACUUCAUACUUUCAGUUGUAAGCAUUUCUCUCUUUUUUGUAGAUACCGGGUACCAGAAUGUCUACAGAUACUUGAGAUAGUCACUAAAGAGUACAUCCGUCAACAUCCAGAAAAAUUAAAUGUAACAUAAAUGUUCUAUUUUAGAUGAUGUGCAAUUCUGGAUGAUGUGCAAUUCUUGAUGUUGUGCAAUUCCAGAUAUUCUGGAUGAUGUGCAAUUCUGGAUGAUGUGUAUUCUGGAUGAUGUGCAAUUCUGGAUGAUGUGCUUGAAACAUCAUUUUUACUGAUAGCCGACUUCCUUACACCACUCUGAUAUAUAUGCCUGGACUUGAAAUGUAUUUCUAGUUGUUUGUAUCUGAUGUUGCAGGUGUCAAAAAUAUUCAAAGUCUCUACUUAUAAUUACAAAACUGAUGUUUACAAUUUGACGCCUACUCCAUAAGUAAGCUAGAGUUGCCCUUUGUACUCAGUAUAUAAUUUAAUACAAUAAUUGUAAUUUUUAUUCUAUUUAGUAUUUAUAAACUGCUUAUGAGGCAAUGGCUAGUCAUUGUGCUUGUAUAAUGGGAUGUAGCUGUUGUCAAACCUAUGAGCUACCAGUACCUGUCAUUCAUAAUGAUGAGAGUACUUAACAUAAUUUUUUUUAAAUGGCUUUCAUUGUUUAAACAUAGCUUGUUACUAUAUUGCCCAAUACAUUGUUGUUCAUAGUGUGCUGUUAAAUCAUGGACUAAGAACCUUUAACAGUUUUUUUAACAACUGGUUCUAUUUAAUGUUCCCCUGUACCUGUUACCCAUUGCACAGUUAUCCCACAAGUAGUGUGCACAUAUUAUUUGAAGAUUUAUGAUAAAUCCCUUCUGUAAUUGCUCAUUAAGUUCAGUUGAAUGUGUGAUAAUAUACUGACAUAUAUAAAUAUCAAUCCCUGGAUGUACUUUGUGAAAAAUUGUUCAUUAUUGGUUGCAGGCCAAUAUUUGAUAUUAAUAAUGAUAUCUAGCAUGCUAUUUUUUUGUUUUGUGAAAUCAUUAACUGUUUGUCUAAAUCUGUAAACUCUUCAUUCUUGUGGCUAAAAACCCUGACAUGAGCAAAUUAAUUAAUGGAUCAUAAGCAAAAAUGAAAACGUUCUUUCGAAAUUUAUGUAAUAUUUUAAAAAAUAUAAUUUUAUGGCACCGGCAUAAUAUUUUAGUUUCUUAAGGCUCUGCUGAAAUGUCAAAGGAAGUAAUUUUUUUUAAUAGCAUUUAAGAGGAUGUUUAUAAUUUUUUGUUUUUUAAAUUGAUCUCCAUCUUGAACUGACAGUUAUAUAUUACCCAAAGAGUUAUGCCAUUUUUUUAAAUUUCAUAAAUACA